AUGAAAAUGCUGCUCAUCACUCAACGCGCCUUGCUGGAAGGGCACCGGGUGGCAAGCUCCGCGAACAACAACCAACCAAACUUCGAUCCAGCAGCGGGCGAUGUGGUGUCGAAUCGUUUACCCUUUCUGAAUGUGCGGCUUCCAUCGAUCAACGUGCCGACGUUCAGCGGUGAUCGGAAGAGCUGGAGGUCAUUCAAGGACAUUUUUGAAUCGACCAUUCACGACCGGAACGAUCCGAAGGAUUCUAUCAAGAUGCAAUAUCUUGUGUCCUACCUCGACGGCAGCGCGAAGCAGCUGUUCGUGGACCAGCCGGCGGUGACCACCGCCACGUCCGGAAGUCUACGCAAGCUCGUCACUACUUCUGAUGAGGUGGUGCGACAGUUGAACGCACUUGGUGAGGAAUAUGGCACACGGGAUCCGUGGCCUAUCUACUUCCUACUGGAAAAGCUGGAUAAGGAUGAUCGGCUUUGUGGGCGCAGUAAAUCAUUGAAGAAGAGAACCCCUUCCUUCGACGAUUUCAUCAAGUUCCUGGACAACCGAUGCGAUGCGCUGGAAACUUGCACAGCGUUUACGAAGAAGACAACAACGGAAGCAGUCAAGAAGGAGCCGUCGAAGAAACCAGCAAGUGAGAAGAAGAUGCAGUCGUUGCACACAGCUGCACAGCAAGCGGGUGAAGCGGCCAUCACCUCAAUGGUGGCGCGGGUAUCGCUGGAGCCACAGCAGAAGUCGGUCGUGCUACCUUCUGCUGUCAUCCGUGUACAGGGAUUCGACGGCUGUCUUCUGCAAGUGCGUGCUCUGAUCGACUCGGGCUCUGAAGCAUCAUUGAUCUCGGAAGCCUGCGUCAAGAAGCUCGGUCUGUCUCACUCCAACGAAAAGCUAACGGUUUCCGGCCUGGGACAACAUGCAGCCGCAACAACGCGUGGCCUUGUGAAGCUGGUGAUGGCUAACCGGUUUACCGACGCGUGUGUUUUGCAGACAAGUGCCUACGUUCUGGGGAAGCUCACCUCAACGCUUCCUACACAGCAAUGCAGGGUUCAUUCAAGCCUCCUGGAUAAGAAGAUACAGGAUAACCUCGCUGAUCCGACAUACUACCAGCCAGGUCCGAUCGAUAUCAUUUUGGGAUCUGAUGUCUUUCUUGCUCUCCUCAAGCCAGGGCAAGUCAAAGACAACGGUGGUGUUCCUGUGGCACAGAACACGAUCUUCGGAGCUGGACCUCAACCGCACCUUGCGGAUGUUUUGGGAGCAGGAGAAGGUUCCGAGCUCUUUAGGUCUACUCUCACACGGGAUGAAAAUGGGCGCUUCAUAGUGCGACUGCUGUUCGAUGAUUCGAAGCCGGCGCAGGGAAUUCCAUACGCUGUACUCGGAGUUCCUCAGCGAAUACCUGGCGUCGGGGCACCGGACGAACUGGAGGUAGAGACUAGCAAGUGUUUCUACCUUCCACACCAUGCCGUCGUCAAGGCCGAAAGCACGACGACUAAGUUGCGGGUGGGCUUCGACGCCUCGUGCGCGUCUUCGACUGGCGUGUCGCUCAACGACAGACUCCUGGCGGGACCCAACGUCAACCAGGAUCUUUUCUCGGUGUUUCUACGUUUCCUAACCCACCCGGUGACGUUUUCAGCGGACGUAGAGAAAAUGUUGUAUCGCCAGGUGAUGGUUCACCCGGCGGAUCGCGACUACCUGAGGAUCGAUCGAAGUCAUGAAAGGAUUGAGCUCGACACCUACGUCGACAAUUUUCUGUCUGGCGCGCAGAACGUUGAGCAUGCGAGGAAAUUGAAGGAGAAAGUUGUGGAGAUUUUGGAGUCCGCUGGUUUCCACCUGCGGAAAUGGACCACGAACUGUUCGGAACUACUCCAGGAAGCACCGGAGGACGAUCAAACGCCAGUCAAGGCACUCGGCAUUCAGUGGUUACCCAAGGAGGACACAUUCUCGUUCAAGGUCAGCUUGAACCCGAACAGCGUGAACACCAAACGGCAGCUUCUUUCUGAUUCCUGCAAGCUAUUCGAUCCCAACUUUGCAGCGUGGUUUGAAAUCAAGGAAACUCUACAUCAAGUGGAGCAGAUACGCAUCCCUCGAUUCGCACCCAACUACAAUGGGAAGAUCGAAUUGCAUGGAUUCGCGGAUGCGUCGGAGCUGGCGUACGUUGCGGUAGUGUAUGCUAGAGGAAGGAACGAAGUUGGCGACAUAGUCGUGAAUCUCCUGGUCGCCAAAACCAGGGUGGCUCCGAUCAAGCAAGUGUCGCUAACAAGGUUGGAGCUCAACGCAGCGGCUCUACUAUCAACACUGAUGGAAUCAACAAUGCAAGCGCUCAGCCACCUCGAAGUGGAUCUUUGGGCCCACACGGACAGCAGCAUUGUGCUCCAAUGGUCGUCCACUCAUCCUCGCAAAUGGAAAUCUUAUGUAGCCAACCGUACAUCUGCAAUUCUAGAAGUGCUGCCGCGUGACCGCUGGAAUCAUGUGCGAAGCGAGAACAAUCCUGCCGACUGUGCCUCACGAGGUCUCACACCUAGUGAACUUGUGACGCACCCGCUCUGGUGGCAUGGGCCAGGCGAACUCAAAACGGAAGCUGACCACUGGAAGCAAGUACCUGUCGAAACAACCGAAGAUGAAGAGGUACUCAAGUCCCGUCAGGUGAAGGUUCUACACGCCGCAGCGCUGGCUAUCCGAACCAACUACGACAUCGAGAAUGGUCUACUAGAACGACGAUCCAACUACACCCUCAUCGUGCGCACGCUGGCAUAUGUGAACCGAUUCUUGUUGGCAGUCAAGGCGGAGGACGCGAACCUCGAACCCGGACUUUCGCUGAACGAAAUCUACGAUGCCAAGGCGCAGUUAACUCGAGCUGCACAGUACGCUUCAUACAAGCAAGAACUGGAGCUGUUGCAGAAGGGUAAGGAUUUGCCAGCCAAACACAAACUGUCUACCUUCACCCCUUCCUGGAUAGCCAAGGAACGAUGGGAGUGGGAGGAUGUUUUGGACACGAGGACAUGCCGAAACCUCCAUGCAGGUCCCACGCUGCUCACAGCUACAGUCAACCAACAAUACUGGGUGCUCGGACUUCAAACGGCUGUCCGCUUAACAGUUCAAGGAUGCACGCGUUGCGUUCGACUCAAGGGUAAGACGGUGUCGCAGCCCAUGGGCAGCCUACCGGUGCCUCGGAUGAUGGGCACUCGAGCAUUCACCCACGUCGGCGUGGAUUACGCCGGCCCUCUGAAGGUUCAUGCAUCAUGCGUUCGAGGUGUGAAGAUGACCAAGGCCUACAUCGUAGUAUUCGUAUGUAUGGCGACCUCAAAGUGCACCGCCAGUGACCUCUCGACCAACAUGUUCAUUUGUGCACUGAAGCUAUUUAUUUCACGGAGGUCUCAUCCGAACGAGAUUUGCGCCACACUGUGGUGGUAUCUGGGGGCGGUGGUCAAGAGCGGCAAGAAGCACCUGAUGGCGGUCUUGUGCUCCGAAGCAGCAACGUUUGAAAAACACUCAACGAUAUUGGCGCAGGUGGAAGCGUGCCUGAACUCCCGGCCGCUAUGUCCACUUUCAUCGAAUCCUGACAGCUACGAAGCACUGACCCCAGGACAUUUCCUGGUCGGUCAACCGAUGAACCUCAUCCCAGAGCCUGAUGUCCGUCACAUCCCGAUGAAUCGUCUGGAUAAGUGGCAACUUCUACACAAGCACACAGCUGAAAUCUGGCGUCGUUGGCGAGAUCGUAACAAGUGGUAA